ACUUUCCUUCAAAUAACAAAACUCUUAGUCACACACCCCUGAACCCAAGGAAGGAAAACGACGAUCAUUCACAAAAAUUACUUCAAAAAAUAUCACUCAUGACGGCAAGAUCAUUCACCGUCGCAGACAUAACACACAGAGUUAUCUAAAAAUAAAAUAGGAAUCACGGCCGAGCACAGCGGCAGACGAAUUAUUACCAUUUCACAGUCGGCAAACGUUUCGAGUGCUGCGAAUGUUUUUUUAUAAUAAAACUUGUAUUUAUUUAUUUAAAUUAUGAGUAUUGAACGCAGAUCGUGCGUGAACCAGGCGCCGCACGUCACUAAGCGCCUAAUGGCUAUAAUAGUGUUGUUAACAGGCCUGCUCUGCCUGUUCGGAGGUUACCUGCUGGGUCGGAUGGCACGCGCCACACCGAGAAAGAGCAACGACCUCCUGACAUACAACCUCACAAUUAUAACGGACAAUCUAUAUAAAAAAGCUAAAAGAAUACCGCCAAAACUUGUUCACCAAAACGAUUCAGAUAAAGUACAGAAUAAAUUGUUAGACAUAUUCAACUGCAGCAUACCACAGUUUUGUGGCACUCUUAAUAAAUAUAAUCUGGCAGAGUUCGUCAGGAAUUCCAUCAAUUUCCAAGUGACUAAAUUAAUGAGAUCCGUUAAUAACGCGUCCUUGUAUUUAGACAGUCUUAGCUGACAUUAGAAAUAGAAUGUGUGGUUAGCUCGGUUGUAAUUUUAAUAUUUAAUUAAUACCUACCUACAUCUUGUGAUUUCUUUUAAUUAUGAAUGUUUACUAUGUAAGUAUUAUAUUAGAACAAUGAAAGUAACUAAGGUAUUUUUAAGAGCGUAUCCAUUUAAGUGCUUGUUUUAAAUAUAAAUUUUGUUAUUCAGGUUUUGCAGAUAAAUUAAAUUCUCCCGCAUUUUUGUAACUUUCAGCUCUGUAAUGCGUAUGUUUUCUAAAAAAACAUCAUUAUUCAAUGCAUAUCUAUUGAAAACCGUAAUUUUAAAUUUAAUUUUAAGAACAAUGUUAUUAUUAUUUAUUUGUGCAAUAAUUAAAAGUUGUGAUUAAAAGUAAAUGUGUUUUAUUAACUUGUAUGUAAGCGGUGUUUGAUCCAUUGUUUAGCACGGCUUUUUAUUGGUCAAUACAGACUGCUAGCGUUUGGUUACCAGUAACAUGAAAUGUCACAAUAUAUUUCUUAU